CCAGUUGCUGGAGCCCAGCCUUGCCAGGAAGAGGGCAGGGUCCCUUUAAGCUCUGCCUCACUCCCUCAGUUUGUUGCUAUGUAUGGGACUACCUUCCUUAGCAACCAUCUGGCUUCUUAAAGGGGCCCUGGAGCAGUGGUUGUCACCAGCCAUGGCUCCCAAAAAGAAGGCAACCAAGGGGGCCAAGGAGCCCGAGGUCAAGAAGAAGAAAGGUGGCAAGAAGGAUCCCAACAUGGCCAACAAGCCCAUGGAAACGGCUUUAAGCGAGGAGAACCGAGAAUUCUACCACAUCCAGAUCAGAGACCUGGAGGACAGGCUGGCCCGGUACCAGCGCAAGUGGGAUGAGCUGGCUGUUCAGGAGAAGCUGUUCCGCCAAGAGUUUGAGCAGCUGGCCAACAACAAGAAGGAGAUCGUGGCCUUCCUCAAGCGCACGCUCAACCAGCGCGUGGAUGAGAUCACUGACCUCAAUGAGCAGCUCCAAAGCCUGCAGCUGGCCAAGGAGAUGGAGAAAGACGCCUUUGAGGCACAGCUAGCCCAGGUGCGCCAUGAGUUCCAGGAGACCAAGGACCAGCUCACUACGGAGAACAUCAUCCUUGGGGGGAAGCUGGCAGCUCUGGAAGAGUUCCGGUUGCAGAAGGAGGAGCUCACAGAGAAGUUCGCGUCGCUGGAGGACCAGCUACGGAAGCAGGAGAAUGAAUACAAGGAUUACGUGUACAACCUAGAGAAGAAGUCCGUGCUGGACAAGGACAGACUGAGGAAGGAGAUCAUCCAGCGUGUGAACCUGGUGGCCACCGAGUUCCGCAAGGUGGCCACUAACCAGAUGUGGGACACGACAAAGCGGGCCAUCACAGAGAACAACACGGUCACCCUGCAGCUGUCCAAGAUAUCCCGGCAAGGCAUGCAGCUGCUGCAGGAGAAUGAGCAGCUCAAGGGCACCCAGGACAAGCUGUGCAAACAGCUGGAUCUGCUGGAAAACACCCAGAAGGUCAUGGCCAGGCAUAGUAGAGGCCACCAUAAGAUCAUCCUCAUGCUGACCGAGAAGUGCCUUGAACACCAGCGGGGCACAGCAGAGACCGAGCAGCUGCGCCUCCAGCUGAGCCAACUGGAGCAGAGCCUUGGGCAGCUGCAGCAGGACAACCAGGCUCUGAGGAGUCAGAGAGACCAGCUGAACUUGCAGCUGGAGAGGCAGCAAGCUAAGGCACAACGGCUAAAGCAGGAGCUGACCAAAGAGCAGAAGGUUCGGGCAAGUCUGGAGACAGCCCUGGCCCAAGCCACCGUCUUCCUACAGGACAUUCUACAGAUGCAACCCGAUGAGGAGGACGGCGACUUCGAUGUCGUGUUCCAGCUACAGCGCAAGGAGAUGCUGCAGCAGCUGCUGACCAUGCUUAGCGCAGCCACGCUCCUAAGUCCCCAGCUGGCGGUGUGGCCCCGGCGAGAAAGCCAGCCCCAUGGCCCGCUCAAGGAGAGCCAGCCCAGCACCCAGCCACCCAAGAUGGGGUCUCUGCCCCAGCAGCUAUCCAGCAUCACACCCUACCAGCCGGGGGACCUGGGCCUGGUGCCUCGACGGGCCCACAUCCCACCCAACCCUGAGGACCUCAGGCUGCUUUCACACACAACCCGUGUGGGAACCCUCCAGGUGCACAGCUGCCCUGAGAUCCACACCUCUGGUUCUCCAAAAAGGUUCAAAAAGUUUAGUCUUCCUGAAGUUUCUCUACUUUCCAAGUAAGACACAGAGAGAAGACCAAUCCCCAUUCCAGAAGUGGACCACUGUAGUCACAGUCCCC